GAAAGGAUGAAGUGGUAAUUACGAAGGCGAACAGCAAAGACAUUCCAAAAAGGACAAAGGACUUAAGAUCAUAUCUGUCAGACUCCACCUCAAACAAGCUUAUGCAUGCUCUGAGUGACAGUCGCUCAGUUGCACAGGACAGUCACGGGGGUAAAGCUGACUUCUGACAGAAGCGAGUCAAAAUGAAUGAUUCAUACGAAGACUACUAUCUUGAAACAGUAGAGCCAUGUGAGGAGCAGGGAUACCACAACGUCCAGCACUUUCUCCAUGUUUACGUGCACUCCAUCAUUUGCAUACUAGGCUUUGUCGGCAACAUCCUAGUCAUCCUCACAUAUGCCUUCUACAAGAGGACCAAGUCCAUGACAGAUGUUUACCUGCUGAAUGUGGCCAUAGCAGACAUCCUGUUUGUGGUUGCACUGCCUCUGAUUAUCUUCAGUGAGCAGAGCGACUGGGCUUUGGGAACAUGGUCAUGCAAGCUGCUGCGUGGCAUCUACAGCAUCAACCUGUACAGUGGCAUCCUCCUUCUGGCCUGCAUCAGCUUAGACCGCUACCUGGCUAUCGUGCAGGCCCGCAGGUCCUUCAGGCUGCGUUCCAGAACCCUCGUCUACAGUUAUCUGAUAUGUGGUGCAGUCUGGUUCAUGGCCUUGCUCUUGUCUUUGCCCACUUUCAUCUACUUCGAGCGCUACAAACCCAGUAAUGGCCAAAGUCACCUAAGCUCUGAAAAUGAUCGCAACCAGACUAACAGCCGUAAUAAUGCAGAUGGGUCAGAGUAUCUGGUAACCUUGCCUGGGGACUGGUACACAUUUCAAGAAAAGCAGUAUGUGUGUGACUGGUUCUUUAAAGAGAACCACACUGCCCGGCAGAUGAAGACUCUGGUGCCCAGCACCCAGGUAGCAGUGGGCUUCUGCUUGCCUCUACUGGUCAUGGCCUUCUGCUACUCACAAGUGGUCUUCACCCUGCUACGUGCAAAAAACUUCCAAAGGCACAAGGCUGUGCGUGUUGUGCUGACUGUGGUGCUGGUCUUCAUUGCCUGCCACCUGCCAUACAAUGUAGCACUGCUCUAUGACACCAUCACCAUGUUCUUCCUAAAGGAGUGCAGUGACCAUGAGCACUUGCGUCUGGCGCUGAUCCUCACCAAGAGCCUGGCCUACCUGCACUGUUGCCUCAACCCCCUGCUGUACGCCUUUGUCGGAGUCAACUUCAGGAACCAUUUUCGCAAGAUCGUGGAGGAUGCCUGGUGCCUGGGGAAGCGGUACAUUGGGGCCAGGCGUUCCUCUCGGAACACUUCAGAAGCCUACCUGUCGUCCAGGAGGUCUGUGGACAGUGCCGCCUAUGACAAUGCCACCUCCUUUACCAUGUGAACAGAAAACCAGCUGACCAAUGUCUACCCCCUUGGCACUCAUUUGAAGUUGAGAUAUACUGUAUUAAAAAACUUUUCAAGGCUGUGGCACACUGACCAAACAUUCUUCAACAAACACCAUUGUUUUACUAUUCCUGAAUAACAACUGAGAGACCAGUCCAAAUGAGGGGAUAUUGUGGUUAAUCAGAGUGAAUGGGGGUGAAUGAGGAGAACGUCCUAUAAUGGUAAAUCAGAACAUUCUAAAACAGUGUAAAUGAAGAGAGCGUCCUAUAAUGGUAAAUCAGAGGAAGAACAUUCUUAAACAGUGUGAAUGCUGGAGAACAGUGUAGAACAGUGUGCAUGAGGGGAGAACGUUCUAAAACAGAAGUGAAAUGGGGAGAAUAUUGUAGAACAGUUUAAUGAGAGUUAAAUGCUGUGGAACAGUGCAAAGGGAAAGAGAACAUUGUAGAAGUGUGAAAGAGGGGAGAACAUUCUAGAACAGUGAAUCCUGGCAGAAAAUUUUAGAACUACAUGAAUGAGAAGUUAAAUGCUGUGGAAUAAUGCAAAGGGAAAGUGAACAUUGUAGAACAGUGUGAAAAAGGGGAGAAUGUUCUAGAGCCCUGAAUAAGGGGGAGAAUAUUGUAGAACAGUGUGAAUGAGAGUUAAAUGUUGUAGAACAGUGCAAAGGGAAAGAGAAUAUUGUAGAACAGUGUGAAAGAGGGGAGAACAUUCUAGAACAGCGAAUCAGGGGUGAAUGUUGUAGAACAGUUUGAAUGAGAGUUGAAUCUUGUAGAACAAUGUGAAUCGGGGAGAACAUUGCAGAAUAGUGUAAAUGGGAGGAGAACAUUCUAGAACAGUGUGAAUCAGGGGGAGAACAUUCUCAACCCCGUGUUUGAGUUUGUUGGAGAAUGUUGAGUUCAGUGAACUUCAGUGCGCAAAAGAAUUUCUGCAUAAAACAUUUGCCUUUGUAAGCAUGAAACUAACUGCCACAGUGAUUUCUUAAGACUUCACUGCUCUUAAAAUCUAUUUUUUCUUUUUUAUGUGUGUGUGUAUAAGGUUUUUUAAUUGAAGCCUUCUAUAUGUCAUAGUAUGCUUGAACUCAUGCAACUGAAAUAGGAAAAAAAAACUUUUUAUACAUAUUAAUAAACUUUAUCUUUUUAA